AUGUAUAGAAUAGACCUGAACUCUUGUAUACGUAGUCUACGAAGUGAUUUUCAUGUUGAAAAAACUGGACAUUUUAGCACUGAUCUUACCAAUAAACUAAAUAUUUUGUUCAACAACGGCGCUACAGUUCGUCAGUUCCAUCAGAUUGGUAGAGACCGCGAAGCUUUAAUGUCUAAUUCUACGGAUUUUCGACUACAAACCUCGGUAUUAUGUCACUCUUUCCUACUAGCUAGUACAGAUAAACAAGAUGCCAGUUACCUGAUUGACUUAGCCGACAACACGAAUACUGAUCUAAAUUUUGUUCCUAAUGGACAAGAAAUUAUCAAAUCAUUACUUCAGUUGGUCAGAGAUUUCAAUCAACGUUUCAGCCGAACACAUGAAAUAGAACCAGUUGCUGAAAGUUUGGGUAUCGAUUCCGACAAACCAGUUGAUAAAACAGCUUUGGAAAUAUUCUAUCUUGAAAUAUUAGAUGGCUUAUUCGAAAAAUUGAACUGGGGGCGUAUUGUAGCAAUGUUUGCAUUUCUACGUAUACUGGUUUUAAGAUUAUCCAAACAUGGACAUAGUGAUGCAAUAAAGAUGCUUAUCAAAAUAACAAGUCAGUAUUCUGAUGAGAAGCUGAAGAGUUGGAUUGAUCUUCACGAUGGUUGGUCUGGAUUAAUCGAAUUCAGUGGUCACCAAUUUGUAAAUGAUGGACAGGAACUAAUCUGGAAAACAUUACGCAAUGUUGGUGGGCUUGCCACUGGAGCUGUUGGAGCACUUGGUUUAGCUGCUCUUGUCAGUUAUAUCGCAAAUAAGAUUUAAUUCUAUGGCAUUAUGUUUAUAAAAUAUUGAUCGGGCUUUCGUUUAUCAGUAAUAUGACUAGGACCAUCACUACCAUUGUUAAUUUCUUCUUUUUAAUUACUCGUCCUCUUACCACUAAUGAGGGCAAUGAAUACCUUUUCUGUGCUUAUAUCUUCAACAUAUGUUUUGUGAUUGAAAAUUUUUGAAACUUUUUCUUUCACUGAGUUCAUCAAUAAUAAUAAUAAUAAUAAUAAUAAUAAUGACAAUCAUUAUUAUUCACUGUGCCUGACAUUUCAUCGUUUUAUGUUAAAUUUGUUUUUCGCACGUUUAAUCGUUACUAUUUUGGAACAAUCAAAAUCACAGGUUAAUUAAUUAACAUUUCACAUAAAACACUGUAGAUAGUUGAAAAUAAUAAUAAUAACAACUCAUUAUUGUACCAUCUUUAUCCAAAAAUUGUUAUUGUUUUUUUUUCUCAUUUUUCUUGUGUUUAUAAGGAAUCAAAUUUAUUUCCCUGUAUUUAAUAUCCUCAUUCCCUUGUUUCAUUAUUCACAUAUGUUGUUUUCAUCUUAAAUAACAUAAUUAUCUAGUCUUUAUAUUAUUUAUCAUCUAACAUUAUUGACAACAUUGUUGGUUAAUUUUUAGCGCCUUGCCUUUACUACUUAUUUGAUGUGUUGUGUUGUGUUGUGUUGUGUGUAUUUAAAACGGUGUAAUUUCCAUAUAAUAGUGAAGUUUUAUCGAAUAAUAUGUAUGCAACACCUGUGCAUAUAUAUAUAAUGAUGGUUUUUACUAC